GUGGAAAAAAUCGAAGCAGAGAUCCUGGUAUAUUUCCCCUUUCCCAUUUCCCCUCUCCAGAUCAUAAUAGUAGCAUUGGAGAGGAAAAUCCGUUUACUAAACCCACAGUAUUAGCGCAGGAAUGGCGAGGAAUUUCGAGAAACAGAGCGUGGGCUGGAACUCAACCCCGCCACCGGCUCCUAAUCAACGGCAGUUUGCUCCAAACGAGGGAAACAAGAAGGAUAAUUCUUGUUUCUUCUGUAAGAAAGAAGGGCACUGGCUUAAGGAUUGCCCCAUGAAGAGCCCUAAUCAGGGACCACCAACACCGCCUCCGUCUAUCGGUGAUUUACACUGCCACUGCGGUAUACAUUUGGCCCCGCAGCCCUCGAAGGACAAUCGUCUGUACUACGCUUGCCCUCUCCGCCGCUCUGGCACUCAGGGCAAAGGCUGUAACUUCUUCAAGAGGUGUGAAGAUGUAACACGUGAUGUCAAUAUUAAAGUUAGCCGCACCCCUACGUGUGGGUGUAGUGCUGGACCCUGCCGUAUGGAUGCCAGUCGCCGCUUCUUUGUAUGCCCAAUUAAGAAGGGACAGGGCGCGUGUAGUUUUGUUCAACCGGUUGACUCUACAAACAAUUUUGUGGACGAACGAUUGCUGGAUUCUACAAACAAUAUUUUGGAUGAUACAUUUCUGGAUGCUGCUCUUGAUCUUUUGGAAGAUCAGUUGGUGGAGCCAACUAAUGAUAUUCGGGAUGGAAGCCCAAGUUCUCCACCGUCUACCUUGACUAGCUGUGGUGACACUAGUCCCUCAAGCAGGGACAUGGUUGAGGAAGGGAAUUCCAGCCACCAAGGGAUGGAAAUCGAGUCGCCUGUGGUGGACACUCCUGAACAUCCCCAAAAGCUUGGAACAAGUUUUGAAUUAUCGAGGCCAGAAAGGGUGUCCCUGGUGGAUUCCCAGGACCAAGAAGAUAUGCCAGAGGAACCUUUGCGGCGUAAUUGUAAACGCCUGCGACAUGGCGAUCCAAAAGUCGAUAGUUUAGUCAUUGACUCCACUAGUGACUGCUGGGACAUGCCGCAGUCAAAGUCCACGAGUUUGACAACGGAGAAAGCACUCCGACCCUGUAUUCUAACCUCAGGGGCUUUGAUUCGUCAAAGGCAAGUUAAGUUUUUGAGGCAGAUUUCUUCUGCUGGAGCUUCUUUACCCGAAGCUUCUUCCUACAGUAGUUCUUCUGCCUUGACUACUAGCAGGGAGCUAUUGGCAGAUUAUUGUGUGGAUUCUUCUGCCAUUAAUGAAAUUUUGGGCACUAAUUUCAAAGGUUGGUGUGGCCGGCUUGUGUUUCCCCCAUCUCAGUCCCUAACAUUUCCAGCACCAAAGCCCUUUUUUUGUGGUGUUUUUCCUUGUUUUGAUCCCAUUUCCCUUCCUCAAGAUGCCAAUAUACCCUUUGAAAUAUGCAGCCCUUCACCAGUUGAAUCUGGCAAGCAGUAUCUGCUUGCUCCUUUUGAGCCGUCAGCUGCUCUUCUUAGUGAGACAUCAGGCCUCAAGGCACCUCCCAAACAUUUCCAAGGAAAGAUAAUGAAAGAAUCAGUCAUGGAUAAAUUCAAGCAGGCAGCAGCGAGCCUUCAAGAGGACCUUCUCAUUCUUCUAGAGUCCAUGGAUUUUCAUGAUCAUGCGUCAAUGCUUGAGGAAUCGUGUUCUGUUUUUGGUGCUCUAGAGAGAUUGAUGGUUGAUUAUGAACCCUUUAAAGAAAAAGUGAUGAAAUAUAUAGGCAGUGCAGAAUCACUCGCUCGACUUGAAUUGUCUAUUGACAAUGGCGACUGGUCUUCUCGGGAGCUUUUUGAUAGUUACAAUCGGAAGAAACAGCAUCUAGAAGUUAUUUCUCAUGGCCAUGCUCAGACUUUAUCUAACUUGGAAGCCUCUAAUCAGCACCUUCGAUAUCUUGAACAAGAGGCCUCCCGUCUUAAGGACAUGCUUCGCCGUGUGGAGGAGGAAUUGGCUUGUUGUAAGGUGGAUAAUAUGGAGAUUGAUGCUCGUUUUAAUGAGAUAGCUGAAGACAGGUUGCAGUUGGAGUUAAAUCUUCAAGCUGCGUUUAACGAGGCUGAAGAAGCAAGGAGAGUUUGUCAACGUAUGGAAGCAGAACGGAGCGCUGUGAAGGCAUCCUUUGAGGAGGCCAGGUUGGAGCUUCGACAGAGCGGUAAUAUGCUUUUCUUGAUGUAAGUUCCCAGCUAAGUGUGGCACUACUACUUGUUCCUUGUUGAAGGGUUGCAUCCCUUGUUUCUCUUGAGCUCUAUCCUUCCUGUACGUUGAAUCGUGAAUGUUAAUAUAGUCACUAUAGUGUUUGUCAUGUUGGCUCUGUAAAUACGAAAGCCAAAGCUGAGAACAGAUGAGGGGCUGUGUUUGCGAUGGCUGCAAUUACCUGAAGAUGUUUAGGGCAGCUAAGCUCAGCAUUCUAUGUCACCAGUUGGUGCAUGUGUCCUCUCCUUCUGUUGAGAUAUUUGAGUUAUUGUAUUGCUGCACUCAAAAGUCAUGUUAAGGUGUUUGCUUUUUGGUCUUGUGCUUGGUUGGGAUUCAUUCUCUAUGUUUAUUUCUAAUAUGGUCAUUGCCUCUCGCUGUAAAUGUCGGUUGGGAUGUGUCAGCUAUCCUUGUGGUUUCUGUACGCUUGUUCUUUCUGCUAGAUUCUGUUAAUCAAAAUCUGUAAGAAUUUUCGAAUGCUACUUCCAGUAUAUAUGACUUGCUGUUGUACGAAAAGUGUGUUUCACA